GACUCUGGGCCAUUGACCGCCCAGGACAGGAGCGUUUUCUGCGGGCCAGGGCGGCGGAGGCGGGACUUCCGCUUCUUCGUGUGACGUCAUCUCCGUGGGCCGGCUUGGCCCUGAAACAGUGUGGGGCCUAGAGCGCUGGGUGGGCGCGUUCUGCGGCCUGAUCAGGGAAGGGUAGUGAAGCGGUUACGCCCCUUCUCCGCGUCUUGGCGGGAGCCUGACGCCCCGCUUCUCCCCUAACGAGGCGUCCCACUGGCGCCCACCGAGGCCUAGGCCUCCGCAGCCGCCCUCCAUCUCCUCAGCCCCAACGCUGCGCCCUGGGCCUUGUGCGCAUUUUUUUGGGGGGAAAACUGAGGCUCAGAGUGCGAAAGUCAGCCGAGGUCGCCCCGCCCAGGACAGAGAAGGGCUGUGGUCGGCUGAUCCGCGGCAUUCCCGGGAUGGCGGCGGCGUGGAUGGCUCCGGCGCAGGAGUCUGUGACCUUCGAGGACGUGGCUGUGACAUUUACCCAGGAGGAGUGGGGGCAGUUGGACGUGACCCAGAGGGCCUUGUACGUGGAGGUGAUGCUGGAGACCUGUGGGCUUCUGGUCGCACUGGGUGACAGCACAAAACCUGAGACCGUAGAGCCUAUCCCUUCUCACCUGGCCUUGCCUGAGGAAGUCUCACUGCAGGAACAACUGGCACAGGGAGUCCCAGGAUACUCCUAUUUUGGGCAGGCCAUGGAUCAGGAUGGGCCAUCUGAAAUGCAGGAAUACUUUUUGAGACCAGGGACAGACCCACAGAGUGAGGAUCUCCACGGGAAAAUGAGCCUUGAAAAUGAAGGUUUGGCGACAGCUGAUGGUAUAUGUUCAAUGAUGAUACAGAACCAAGUCUCACCAGAAGAUGCUCUUUAUGGAUUUGACUCAUAUGGACCAGUUACAGAUUCCCUGAUUCACGAAGGGGAAAAUUCCUAUAAAUUCGAGGAAAUGUUUAACGAUAAUUGCUUCCUUGUUCAGCAUGAGCAGAUUCACCCUCGUGUGAAGCCCUAUGAUUGCCCGGAAUGUGGGAAAGCCUUCGGCAAGAGCAAACACCUCCUUCAGCAUCACAUCAUCCAUACUGGGGAGAAGCCCUAUAAAUGCCUGGAGUGUGGGAAAGACUUCAACCGCAGGUCACACCUCACACGGCACCAGCGGACUCACAAUGGAGAUAAGCCCUUUGUGUGCAGCGAAUGUGGAAGGACCUUCAACCGCGGGUCACACCUUACACGGCACCAGCGGGUUCACAGUGGAGAGAAGCCUUUCGUGUGCAAUGAAUGUGGAAAGGCCUUUACCUACCGCUCCAAUUAUGUUUUGCAUAACAAGAGCCACAAUGAGAAGAAACCCUUCGCAUGCAGUGAAUGUGGAAAAGGCUUUUAUGAGAGUACAGCCCUCAUUCAACACUUCUUUAUCCAUACUGGGGAGAGGCCCUUUAAGUGCCUUGAGUGUGGGAAGGCCUUCAACUGCAGGUCACACCUCAAGCAGCAUGAGCGGAUUCACACUGGUGAGAAGCCCUUUGUGUGCAGUCAGUGUGGAAAGGCCUUCACCCACUACUCCACGUAUGUCUUGCAUGAAAGAGCCCACACCGGAGAAAAGCCUUUCGAGUGCAAAGAAUGUGGGAAAGCCUUUAGCAUUCGAAAAGACCUCAUUCGCCACUUCAACAUCCACACUGGAGAGAAGCCCUAUGAGUGUUUACAGUGUGGAAAGGCUUUUACCCGCAUGUCAGGGCUCACAAGGCACCAGUGGAUUCAUACUGGAGAGAAGCCCUACGUAUGCAUCCAAUGUGGGAAAGCCUUUUGUCGGACCACAAACCUCAUUCGACACUUCAGCAUCCACACUGGAGAGAAGCCCUAUGAGUGCGUGGAGUGCGGGAAGGCCUUCAACCGCAGGUCACCCCUCACAAGGCACCAGCGGAUUCACAAUGCAGAGAAGUCCCAUGAACGCAUCCAGAGUGGGAACGUUUCUUGCGAGAGCACAGAUCUCGUUCAACACUCCGUCAUCCAGACUGAGAGUAGCCCAGAGAGUGCAGCGAAUACGGAAGCGCCUUCAAUUGCCGCUCAUUCCUCCUCACUCGACAUCAACGGAUUCAUCCUGGAAGAAACCCUACCAUUGUAACAGAUGUGGGAGGACCUUUUACACACUUCAGUCAACAUCCACGAAUUCCUGUUAGGGAAAGAGUUUUUGAAUGUCACCACUGAAGAAAAUCUGUGGUGAGAGGAAACAUCGUACCGUCUGGUCAUUCAUACUGAAGAGAAGCUUCAUAAGCAUCGUCUUUGUGUGAAAACCUGUUUUAGAUAAUCAUUUGUCAUCUAAACAAUUAUGUUAGAAAUUGACACAGCCAAGAGUCUUAUUCUACAUCUGAUAAUUCACCCAUGAGAGAGACCCAAUGGUUAUUGUGCACUUAGGAAAACCUUCAGCCACAUCUUUCUUGUUAGUUUACAGUGAAAUGUUAUCUCAGGGACAUUCAAGCAAAGGAGGAGGAGUCAUAGGGAAGAGAAAGAAAUGGAAGCACAGCUUCUUUCAGACUUUCCUGACAAGCCCAUGGCAAUUUGUUAUCUCCUCGUUAUUUUAUUUGGGAGAGGAAAAUGUUUCAGAAACAAAAGGGCCUCAUCCCCUUCAUUUUCCCUGUGUAUACAUUCACUGCUGUCCAGUGCUGUAGACAAAUGGUUUGUUUGAAAACAUUUUGUGAAAGCCUACUUUGUUCCACAGCAUUGUCUCCACUCUUGAGGAGCAGAAGCAUAUAUCUUUAUGAGAAAGAUGGAGGCUUGAGUUAUGAAAUACUUUGACAUUUAAGGAGAUAAGGAUGUGCAUAUGAAUGGGCACAUUUUACUGCACACUUCAAACGCUUUGAUUUUUUUAAAAAAUUGUUUCUUUUUGUGUCUUUAACCACCCAGUACACAUACUUUUUUCUUGAUGUGGAUCUACUUAUUAAUUUCUUUUUCUUUAUUUUUCUGCGGGAUGGAGAUGAUAUUGUAGCUGUUUGUACAUAAUAUAAUCCAGGGAGUCCUAGUUCUUCCCUCUGAUUGUGGUUUCUCAGCUUCUUUACUCCUCUUUAGAGAGAGUAAAUAGUUCAAAGUUCACCUCAGCAAUUUUCUAGAGGACAUUUUGGAACCAAAAAUGAAAUAAGACAUGUAGCUAAAUUAAAGGAUUAUGAUAAACUCAGAAAAUACACACAAAGAAGGAAUCUCAUUUUUCAGUCUUACAGAAGAUUGUGUGUAGGCUGACUAUAAAGUGACUGGAAUUUUAACAGGUGAACCUGCAUGUGUAUGUGCAGGUAGUUGUCACUACGGAUUUAGUCCAGUCAUAGUAAUUAAUAUGUUUAAUCAGAAUAUUUUGGAAUUUCUCUUUUGGUAUUCUUUUUGUUUCUUUUAUUGUUUUUAAUUGACACAUAAUGUUUAUGGGGUUCGGUGUGAUAUUUCAAUAUAUGUGUGCUAAGAGUAAUGAUCA